GCGAGAAAGGUUGCAAAGCGUAGUGUAGGUACUUUUCCUUCACAGACAUGGAUAUACUGAAUGAUCCAUACCAAAGGUUCUUUUCGUAACAGCUCUCAAGAGAAACAUCAGUGUACUAUGGAAGGCUCCUCUCAGCUUUAUAAGAAAAGUACAUUCCCUCCACUUUUGGAGUCUUACUUACCUCUUAAUUGCCAGAAUCAGAACAGAGCAAAUUGGCAAAAACCAGAAAGAAACAAAAAGGAGCCGAUAAGGAACAACAGCCACAUUUUAAGUGAGGAAGAAAAGGAUGAACUCCUCAAGCAAGCUCUGCUUGAAAAGCAUCAUCUUGAAACCUACAAGAAUCUCUAUAAGAUAAGAAAUAUCUUAUAUGAACGCUACAAGACUUUGUUGAAUCAGAAAGUGCUAAAGCAACGAAUUCAGAUCAAGGCAUUUGAUCUGAAACAUCAACAACUUAAGCGCAAAGAACAAAAGUGCACCCCUCGUCGUAAACUUCCUUUCUGCAAGCUGUCGCAUGAUACCAAGUACUUGGAGUCCGUGUCACAGUCAAACAGCUACUGGGUUACUGGAUUGCACAAUGAACUAACUAAACUUGGAAUCAUAAAGAACCAGCAAGAUUAUGAAAACUUUUGGAAAUUUGCUUGGGAGGAUAUUCCUGGCCCAAAGAUCAAGGAGAAGCUUCCUGAUAUAAAAGCUAAAAGCUGAGUAUCUUCAUAAUUUCUAGAAAGUAGAAUAAGAUUCAUCUCUACAGGAAAAGCAGGCACAUAUUAUUUAUUCUUUCACUAGCCAAUAUUUUAAAUAAGGAAAUUGCUCCCUAGAAGAUCUUGUGAGCAUUUACAAUCCUUAAAAUGCAAGAUCAAAGCCAAGUUAAAUAAAUAAUAAAUUGAUUUGAAAUGCACAUAAUCUCACCAGCAAAGUGGCACCUACGAGAUGAGAAAUAUGGGUUGACUAUAGAUACUAGCAAUUUCA